AUGAAUGAUAAUAAUGAUGAUGAUGAUGAUGAUGAUGAUGAUGAUGAUGAUGAUGAUGAUGAUGAUGAUGAUGAUGAUGAUGAUGAUGAUGAUGAUGAUGAUGAUGAUGAUGAUGAUGAUGAUGAUGAUGAUGAUGAUGAUGAUGAUGAUGAUGAUGAUGAUGAUGAUGAUGAUGAUGAUGAUGAUGAUGAUGAUGAUGAUGAUGAUGAUGAUGAUGAUGAUGAUGAUGAUGAUGAUGAUGAUGAUGAUGAUGAUGAUGAUGAUGAUGAUGAUGAUGAUGAUGAUGAUGAUGAUGAUGAUGAUGAUGAUGAUGAUGAUGAUGAUGAUGAUGAUGAUGAUGAUGAUGAUGAUGAUGAUGAUGAUGAUGAUGAUGAUGAUGAUGAUGAUGAUGAUGAUGAUGAUGAUGAUGAUGAUGAUGAUGAUGAUGAUGAUGAUGAUGAUGAUGAUGAUGAUGAUGAUGAUGAUGAUGAUGAUGAUGAUGAUGAUGAUGAUGAUGAUGAUGAUGAUGAUGAUGAUGAUGAUGAUGAUGAUGAUGAUGAUGAUGAUGAUGAUGAUGAUGAUGAUGAUGAUGAUGAUGAUGAUGAUGAUGAUGAUGAUGAUGAUGAUGAUGAUGAUGAUGAUGAUGAUGAUGAUGAUGAUGAUGAUGAUGAUGAUGAUGAUGAUGAUGAUGAUGAUGAUGAUGAUGAUGAUGAUGAUGAUGAUGAUGAUGAUGAUGAUGAUGAUGAUGAUGAUGAUGAUGAUGAUGAUGAUGAUGAUGAUGAUGAUGAUGAUGAUGAUGAUGAUGAUGAUGAUGAUGAUGAUGAUGAUGAUGAUGAUGAUGAUGAUGAUGAUGAUGAUGAUGAUGAUGAUGAUGAUGAUGAUGAUGAUGAUGAUGAUGAUGAUGAUGAUGAUGAUGAUGAUGAUGAUGAUGAUGAUGAUGAUGAUGAUGAUGAUGAUGAUGAUGAUGAUGAUGAUGAUGAUGAUGAUGAUGAUGAUGAUGAUGAUGAUGAUGAUGAUGAUGAUGAUGAUGAUGAUGAUGAUGAUGAUGAUGAUGAUGAUGAUGAUGAUGAUGAUGAUGAUGAUGAUGAUGAUGAUGAUGAUGAUGAUGAUGAUGAUGAUGAUGAUGAUGAUGAUGAUGAUGAUGAUGAUGAUGAUGAUGAUGAUGAUGAUGAUGAUGAUGAUGAUGAUGAUGAUGAUGAUGAUGAUGAUGAUGAUGAUGAUGAUGAUGAUGAUGAUGAUGAUGAUGAUGAUGAUGAUGAUGAUGAUGAUGAUGAUGAUGAUGAUGAUGAUGAUGAUGAUGAUGAUGAUGAUGAUGAUGAUGAUGAUGAUGAUGAUGAUGAUGAUGAUGAUGAUGAUGAUGAUGAUGAUGAUGAUGAUGAUGAUGAUGAUGAUGAUGAUGAUGAUGAUGAUGAUGAUGAUGAUGAUGAUGAUGAUGAUGAUGAUGAUGAUGAUGAUGAUGAUGAUGAUGAUGAUGAUGAUGAUGAUGAUGAUGAUGAUGAUGAUGAUGAUGAUGAUGAUGAUGAUGAUGAUGAUGAUGAUGAUGAUGAUGAUGAUGAUGAUGAUGAUGAUGAUGAUGAUGAUGAUGAUGAUGAUGAUGAUGAUGAUGAUGAUGAUGAUGAUGAUGAUGAUGAUGAUGAUGAUGAUGAUGAUGAUGAUGAUGAUGAUGAUGAUGAUGAUGAUGAUGAUGAUGAUGAUGAUGAUGAUGAUGAUGAUGAUGAUGAUGAUGAUGAUGAUGAUGAUGAUGAUGAUGAUGAUGAUGAUGAUGAUGAUGAUGAUGAUGAUGAUGAUGAUGAUGAUGAUGAUGAUGAUGAUGAUGAUGAUGAUGAUGAUGAUGAUGAUGAUGAUGAUGAUGAUGAUGAUGAUGAUGAUGAUGAUGAUGAUGAUGAUGAUGAUGAUGAUGAUGAUGAUGAUGAUGAUGAUGAUGAUGAUGAUGAUGAUGAUGAUGAUGAUGAUGAUGAUGAUGAUGAUGAUGAUGAUGAUGAUGAUGAUGAUGAUGAUGAUGAUGAUGAUGAUGAUGAUGAUGAUGAUGAUGAUGAUGAUGAUGAUGAUGAUGAUGAUGAUGAUGAUGAUGAUGAUGAUGAUGAUGAUGAUGAUGAUGAUGAUGAUGAUGAUGAUGAUGAUGAUGAUGAUGAUGAUGAUGAUGAUGAUGAUGAUGAUGAUGAUGAUGAUGAUGAUGAUGAUGAUGAUGAUGAUGAUGAUGAUGAUGAUGAUGAUGAUGAUGAUGAUGAUGAUGAUGAUGAUGAUGAUGAUGAUGAUGAUGAUGAUGAUGAUGAUGAUGAUGAUGAUGAUGAUGAUGAUGAUGAUGAUGAUGAUGAUGAUGAUGAUGAUGAUGAUGAUGAUGAUGAUGAUGAUGAUGAUGAUGAUGAUGAUGAUGAUGAUGAUGAUGAUGAUGAUGAUGAUGAUGAUGAUGAUGAUGAUGAUGAUGAUGAUGAUGAUGAUGAUGAUGAUGAUGAUGAUGAUGAUGAUGAUGAUGAUGAUGAUGAUGAUGAUGAUGAUGAUGAUGAUGAUGAUGAUGAUGAUGAUGAUGAUGAUGAUGAUGAUGAUGAUGAUGAUGAUGAUGAUGAUGAUGAUGAUGAUGAUGAUGAUGAUGAUGAUGAUGAUGAUGAUGAUGAUGAUGAUGAUGAUGAUGAUGAUGAUGAUGAUGAUGAUGAUGAUGAUGAUGAUGAUGAUGAUGAUGAUGAUGAUGAUGAUGAUGAUGAUGAUGAUGAUGAUGAUGAUGAUGAUGAUGAUGAUGAUGAUGAUGAUGAUGAUGAUGAUGAUGAUGAUGAUGAUGAUGAUGAUGAUGAUGAUGAUGAUGAUGAUGAUGAUGAUGAUGAUGAUGAUGAUGAUGAUGAUGAUGAUGAUGAUGAUGAUGAUGAUGAUGAUGAUGAUGAUGAUGAUGAUGAUGAUGAUGAUGAUGAUGAUGAUGAUGAUGAUGAUGAUGAUGAUGAUGAUGAUGAUGAUGAUGAUGAUGAUGAUGAUGAUGAUGAUGAUGAUGAUGAUGAUGAUGAUGAUGAUGAUGAUGAUGAUGAUGAUGAUGAUGAUGAUGAUGAUGAUGAUGAUGAUGAUGAUGAUGAUGAUGAUGAUGAUGAUGAUGAUGAUGAUGAUGAUGAUGAUGAUGAUGAUGAUGAUGAUGAUGAUGAUGAUGAUGAUGAUGAUGAUGAUGAUGAUGAUGAUGAUGAUGAUGAUGAUGAUGAUGAUGAUGAUGAUGAUGAUGAUGAUGAUGAUGAUGAUGAUGAUGAUGAUGAUGAUGAUGAUGAUGAUGAUGAUGAUGAUGAUGAUGAUGAUGAUGAUGAUGAUGAUGAUGAUGAUGAUGAUGAUGAUGAUGAUGAUGAUGAUGAUGAUGAUGAUGAUGAUGAUGAUGAUGAUGAUGAUGAUGAUGAUGAUGAUGAUGAUGAUGAUGAUGAUGAUGAUGAUGAUGAUGAUGAUGAUGAUGAUGAUGAUGAUGAUGAUGAUGAUGAUGAUGAUGAUGAUGAUGAUGAUGAUGAUGAUGAUGAUGAUGAUGAUGAUGAUGAUGAUGAUGAUGAUGAUGAUGAUGAUGAUGAUGAUGAUGAUGAUGAUGAUGAUGAUGAUGAUGAUGAUGAUGAUGAUGAUGAUGAUGAUGAUGAUGAUGAUGAUGAUGAUGAUGAUGAUGAUGAUGAUGAUGAUGAUGAUGAUGAUGAUGAUGAUGAUGAUGAUGAUGAUGAUGAUGAUGAUGAUGAUGAUGAUGAUGAUGAUGAUGAUGAUGAUGAUGAUGAUGAUGAUGAUGAUGAUGAUGAUGAUGAUGAUGAUGAUGAUGAUGAUGAUGAUGAUGAUGAUGAUGAUGAUGAUGAUGAUGAUGAUGAUGAUGAUGAUGAUGAUGAUGAUGAUGAUGAUGAUGAUGAUGAUGAUGAUGAUGAUGAUGAUGAUGAUGAUGAUGAUGAUGAUGAUGAUGAUGAUGAUGAUGAUGAUGAUGAUGAUGAUGAUGAUGAUGAUGAUGAUGAUGAUGAUGAUGAUGAUGAUGAUGAUGAUGAUGAUGAUGAUGAUGAUGAUGAUGAUGAUGAUGAUGAUGAUGAUGAUGAUGAUGAUGAUGAUGAUGAUGAUGAUGAUGAUGAUGAUGAUGAUGAUGAUGAUGAUGAUGAUGAUGAUGAUGAUGAUGAUGAUGAUGAUGAUGAUGAUGAUGAUGAUGAUGAUGAUGAUGAUGAUGAUGAUGAUGAUGAUGAUGAUGAUGAUGAUGAUGAUGAUGAUGAUGAUGAUGAUGAUGAUGAUGAUGAUGAUGAUGAUGAUGAUGAUGAUGAUGAUGAUGAUGAUGAUGAUGAUGAUGAUGAUGAUGAUGAUGAUGAUGAUGAUGAUGAUGAUGAUGAUGAUGAUGAUGAUGAUGAUGAUGAUGAUGAUGAUGAUGAUGAUGAUGAUGAUGAUGAUGAUGAUGAUGAUGAUGAUGAUGAUGAUGAUGAUGAUGAUGAUGAUGAUGAUGAUGAUGAUGAUGAUGAUGAUGAUGAUGAUGAUGAUGAUGAUGAUGAUGAUGAUGAUGAUGAUGAUGAUGAUGAUGAUGAUGAUGAUGAUGAUGAUGAUGAUGAUGAUGAUGAUGAUGAUGAUGAUGAUGAUGAUGAUGAUGAUGAUGAUGAUGAUGAUGAUGAUGAUGAUGAUGAUGAUGAUGAUGAUGAUGAUGAUGAUGAUGAUGAUGAUGAUGAUGAUGAUGAUGAUGAUGAUGAUGAUGAUGAUGAUGAUGAUGAUGAUGAUGAUGAUGAUGAUGAUGAUGAUGAUGAUGAUGAUGAUGAUGAUGAUGAUGAUGAUGAUGAUGAUGAUGAUGAUGAUGAUGAUGAUGAUGAUGAUGAUGAUGAUGAUGAUGAUGAUGAUGAUGAUGAUGAUGAUGAUGAUGAUGAUGAUGAUGAUGAUGAUGAUGAUGAUGAUGAUGAUGAUGAUGAUGAUGAUGAUGAUGAUGAUGAUGAUGAUGAUGAUGAUGAUGAUGAUGAUGAUGAUGAUGAUGAUGAUGAUGAUGAUGAUGAUGAUGAUGAUGAUGAUGAUGAUGAUGAUGAUGAUGAUGAUGAUGAUGAUGAUGAUGAUGAUGAUGAUGAUGAUGAUGAUGAUGAUGAUGAUGAUGAUGAUGAUGAUGAUGAUGAUGAUGAUGAUGAUGAUGAUGAUGAUGAUGAUGAUGAUGAUGAUGAUGAUGAUGAUGAUGAUGAUGAUGAUGAUGAUGAUGAUGAUGAUGAUGAUGAUGAUGAUGAUGAUGAUGAUGAUGAUGAUGAUGAUGAUGAUGAUGAUGAUGAUGAUGAUGAUGAUGAUGAUGAUGAUGAUGAUGAUGAUGAUGAUGAUGAUGAUGAUGAUGAUGAUGAUGAUGAUGAUGAUGAUGAUGAUGAUGAUGAUGAUGAUGAUGAUGAUGAUGAUGAUGAUGAUGAUGAUGAUGAUGAUGAUGAUGAUGAUGAUGAUGAUGAUGAUGAUGAUGAUGAUGAUGAUGAUGAUGAUGAUGAUGAUGAUGAUGAUGAUGAUAUGAUGAUGAUGAUGAUGAUGAUGAUGAUGAUGAUGAUGAUGAUGAUGAUGAUGAUGAUGAUGAUGAUGAUGAUGAUGAUGAUGAUGAUGAUGAUGAUGAUGAUGAUGAUGAUGAUGAUGAUGAUGAUGAUGAUGAUGAUGAUGAUGAUGAUGAUGAUGAUGAUGAUGAUGAUGAUGAUGAUGAUGAUGAUGAUGAUGAUGAUGAUGAUGAUGAUGAUGAUGAUGAUGAUGAUGAUGAUGAUGAUGAUGAUGAUGAUGAUGAUGAUGAUGAUGAUGAUGAUGAUGAUGAUGAUGAUGAUGAUGAUGAUGAUGAUGAUGAUGAUGAUGAUGAUGAUGAUGAUGAUGAUGAUGAUGAUGAUGAUGAUGAUGAUGAUGAUGAUGAUGAUGAUGAUGAUGAUGAUGAUGAUGAUGAUGAUGAUGAUGAUGAUGAUGAUGAUGAUGAUGAUGAUGAUGAUGAUGAUGAUGAUGAUGAUGAUGAUGAUGAUGAUGAUGAUGAUGAUGAUGAUGAUGAUGAUGAUGAUGAUGAUGAUGAUGAUGAUGAUGAUGAUGAUGAUGAUGAUGAUGAUGAUGAUGAUGAUGAUGAUGAUGAUGAUGAUGAUGAUGAUGAUGAUGAUGAUGAUGAUGAUGAUGAUGAUGAUGAUGAUGAUGAUGAUGAUGAUGAUGAUGAUGAUGAUGAUGAUGAUGAUGAUGAUGAUGAUGAUGAUGAUGAUGAUGAUGAUGAUGAUGAUGAUGAUGAUGAUGAUGAUGAUGAUGAUGAUGAUGAUGAUGAUGAUGAUGAUGAUGAUGAUGAUGAUGAUGAUGAUGAUGAUGAUGAUGAUGAUGAUGAUGAUGAUGAUGAUGAUGAUGAUGAUGAUGAUGAUGAUGAUGAUGAUGAUGAUGAUGAUGAUGAUGAUGAUGAUGAUGAUGAUGAUGAUGAUGAUGAUGAUGAUGAUGAUGAUGAUGAUGAUGAUGAUGAUGAUGAUGAUGAUGAUGAUGAUGAUGAUGAUGAUGAUGAUGAUGAUGAUGAUGAUGAUGAUGAUGAUGAUGAUGAUGAUGAUGAUGAUGAUGAUGAUGAUGAUGAUGAUGAUGAUGAUGAUGAUGAUGAUGAUGAUGAUGAUGAUGAUGAUGAUGAUGAUGAUGAUGAUGAUGAUGAUGAUGAUGAUGAUGAUGAUGAUGAUGAUGAUGAUGAUGAUGAUGAUGAUGAUGAUGAUGAUGAUGAUGAUGAUGAUGAUGAUGAUGAUGAUGAUGAUGAUGAUGAUGAUGAUGAUGAUGAUGAUGAUGAUGAUGAUGAUGAUGAUGAUGAUGAUGAUGAUGAUGAUGAUGAUGAUGAUGAUGAUGAUGAUGAUGAUGAUGAUGAUGAUGAUGAUGAUGAUGAUGAUGAUGAUGAUGAUGAUGAUGAUGAUGAUGAUGAUGAUGAUGAUGAUGAUGAUGAUGAUGAUGAUGAUGAUGAUGAUGAUGAUGAUGAUGAUGAUGAUGAUGAUGAUGAUGAUGAUGAUGAUGAUGAUGAUGAUGAUGAUGAUGAUGAUGAUGAUGAUGAUGAUGAUGAUGAUGAUGAUGAUGAUGAUGAUGAUGAUGAUGAUGAUGAUGAUGAUGAUGAUGAUGAUGAUGAUGAUGAUGAUGAUGAUGAUGAUGAUGAUGAUGAUGAUGAUGAUGAUGAUGAUGAUGAUGAUGAUGAUGAUGAUGAUGAUGAUGAUGAUGAUGAUGAUGAUGAUGAUGAUGAUGAUGAUGAUGAUGAUGAUGAUGAUGAUGAUGAUGAUGAUGAUGAUGAUGAUGAUGAUGAUGAUGAUGAUGAUGAUGAUGAUGAUGAUGAUGAUGAUGAUGAUGAUGAUGAUGAUGAUGAUGAUGAUGAUGAUGAUGAUGAUGAUGAUGAUGAUGAUGAUGAUGAUGAUGAUGAUGAUGAUGAUGAUGAUGAUGAUGAUGAUGAUGAUGAUGAUGAUGAUGAUGAUGAUGAUGAUGAUGAUGAUGAUGAUGAUGAUGAUGAUGAUGAUGAUGAUGAUGAUGAUGAUGAUGAUGAUGAUGAUGAUGAUGAUGAUGAUGAUGAUGAUGAUGAUGAUGAUGAUGAUGAUGAUGAUGAUGAUGAUGAUGAUGAUGAUGAUGAUGAUGAUGAUGAUGAUGAUGAUGAUGAUGAUGAUGAUGAUGAUGAUGAUGAUGAUGAUGAUGAUGAUGAUGAUGAUGAUGAUGAUGAUGAUGAUGAUGAUGAUGAUGAUGAUGAUGAUGAUGAUGAUGAUGAUGAUGAUGAUGAUGAUGAUGAUGAUGAUGAUGAUGAUGAUGAUGAUGAUGAUGAUGAUGAUGAUGAUGAUGAUGAUGAUGAUGAUGAUGAUGAUGAUGAUGAUGAUGAUGAUGAUGAUGAUGAUGAUGAUGAUGAUGAUGAUGAUGAUGAUGAUGAUGAUGAUGAUGAUGAUGAUGAUGAUGAUGAUGAUGAUGAUGAUGAUGAUGAUGAUGAUGAUGAUGAUGAUGAUGAUGAUGAUGAUGAUGAUGAUGAUGAUGAUGAUGAUGAUGAUGAUGAUGAUGAUGAUGAUGAUGAUGAUGAUGAUGAUGAUGAUGAUGAUGAUGAUGAUGAUGAUGAUGAUGAUGAUGAUGAUGAUGAUGAUGAUGAUGAUGAUGAUGAUGAUGAUGAUGAUGAUGAUGAUGAUGAUGAUGAUGAUGAUGAUGAUGAUGAUGAUGAUGAUGAUGAUGAUGAUGAUGAUGAUGAUGAUGAUGAUGAUGAUGAUGAUGAUGAUGAUGAUGAUGAUGAUGAUGAUGAUGAUGAUGAUGAUGAUGAUGAUGAUGAUGAUGAUGAUGAUGAUGAUGAUGAUGAUGAUGAUGAUGAUGAUGAUGAUGAUGAUGAUGAUGAUGAUGAUGAUGAUGAUGAUGAUGAUGAUGAUGAUGAUGAUGAUGAUGAUGAUGAUGAUGAUGAUGAUGAUGAUGAUGAUGAUGAUGAUGAUGAUGAUGAUGAUGAUGAUGAUGAUGAUGAUGAUGAUGAUGAUGAUGAUGAUGAUGAUGAUGAUGAUGAUGAUGAUGAUGAUGAUGAUGAUGAUGAUGAUGAUGAUGAUGAUGAUGAUGAUGAUGAUGAUGAUGAUGAUGAUGAUGAUGAUGAUGAUGAUGAUGAUGAUGAUGAUGAUGAUGAUGAUGAUGAUGAUGAUGAUGAUGAUGAUGAUGAUGAUGAUGAUGAUGAUGAUGAUGAUGAUGAUGAUGAUGAUAUGA